GACGGGGGACGUGAGCGGCGGCGCGCGGAGUCCCGGGGAAGCCGGCGGGACGACCGUCACGGCGCGGAGAGUCCAGCGGCUGCACCGGUGAUGUUUCACCGGUCCGAGGUUUAGCGUCGAGACCAUGAGCGUCGCGCUGAAGAGCUGGAGGGCCAACGAAGGGCCCAAGCACUUGAUCGUGAUGCUUUGGGUUGCAGCCAACGUCUUUCUGUUCUGGAGGACAUUCGCGCUGUACUUCAGCGGAGCGCAGUAUUAUUAUCUGCACGAGAUGCUGGGGCUGGGCCUCUGCAUCAGUCGAGCCUCGGCCUCCGUUCUGAACUUCAACUGCAGUCUGGUGCUGCUGCCGAUGUGCCGCUCGCUGCUUGCCUUCCUCCGGGGAUCUCAGCGGGUGACGGGCAGACACGUUCGUCGGCUGCUGGAUAAGAGCAAGGCGUUUCAUGCGGCGUGCGGAGUCACUAUAUGCGUCUUCUCAGCGGUUCAUGUGAGCGCUCACCUCGUGAACAUGGUCAGUUUCUCUGCGAGAUAUUCAGAGGAUUUCCCUGCGCUUAAUGUCGCUCAGUAUCGAGGACAGGAUCCCAGAAUUCUCAUCAUCAGCACAGUUCCUGGAGUUACUGGUGUUCUGUUGGUGCUGGUGUUGUUUCUCAUGUUUACAGCGUCAUCUUAUUGUAUUAGAGUCUCAAGCUACGAGAUUUUCUGGUACACUCACAACCUCUUCAUCGUGUUCUACAUUAUUCUGAUGGUCCACGUAGCGGGGGGAACUUUGAAGUAUCAAUCAAACGUGGAGACCCACCAACCCGGGUGUUCACACGUCAAUCUCAGUUCAUGGACCAAUCACGAAGCAGCAGGAGAGAAGGGGGCGGAGCUUCCAAGUGCACCGCAAACAGUUUGUCAAGAAGAAGCUCGUUUUCAACCACAUUUUCCUCAGACGUGGUUGUGGGUCUCAGCUCCUCUCUGCCUGUAUUGUGCCGAGCGGUUGUAUCGGUUCAUAAGAAGCAGCGCUGCUCCCGUUACCAUAGUUUCUGUCGUUAGUCAUCCAUGUGAUGUGGUAGAAUUGCGCAUGCUGAAGAGCGGCUUUAAGCCCCGCCCCGGACAGUACAUCCUGCUGAACUGCCCGAGUGUGUCGUCGUUUGAAAACCAUCCCUUUACUCUCACCACAUGUCCAACGGGGAAGAAUGAAACAUUUGGUAUUCAUCUCAGAGUGCUGGGAGACUGGACCUCGAGAUUUUCCCAGCUGCUUUUUCAGAAGUCAAACAGCUCCGAAAUCCUUCCCAUGAUGCAUCAGAGGAUAUAUCCCACAGUGCACGUGGAUGGUCCUUUUGGCAGCCCGUCGGAGGAGGUGUUUAAUUACGAGGUCAGCCUGUGUGUGGCCGGAGGGAUCGGAGUCACGCCGUUCGCUUGCGUUCUGCAAGCACUGUUUGAUGACUGGCGUCGGUAUAAGUUGAGGAGGCUGUAUUUCGUUUGGGUUUGCAGGGACCUCCAGUCUUUCUAUUGGUUUGCUGAUCUGCUGUGUGGCCUUCACGAAAAACUGUGGCGGGACAAUCGUCCAGAUUAUCUGAAUGUUCAGCUCUACCUCAGUAACACUCAGGAAUUACAGAGCAUCGGCGAGGAACGUUACCGUUUCCUGAGCUCCAGGCUUCGGAUUGGCCGGCCAAAAUGGAAGCUCCUUUUCCGGGAAGUAGGGAGAGCCAAUCAGCCUAAAAGAGUCGGGGUUUUCUGCUGUGGACCCAAAGGGAUCUCCAAAGCGUUACACGCUCUGUGCAAUUCAAACCCACACACGGGAACCGCAUUCGAGUACAACAAAGAGUCCUUCAGCUGAGGGACGCAAGCGAAGCCAUCGUUUAAUGCCAAAUAUAAAGCCAUUGGAGUCUCUGUCGCUGAGGAGAGAAGACAGAUGUAGACGAAGAUGUCUGGAAUUCACGGACAACCUCUUUUGUCUACGAAUGAAUCCUCGCACAAAGAGACGGAGAGCCGGUAAACGGUGUAAUGAGAUGGAAAACUUGCACAAGUACAUUCUUAUUCAGGGAAUAUUUGUGAUUGUGCAUGUAGAGAUCGUCUACGUGAACCUGCACAACCCUUCAUAGACCCUUAGAGCGGAAAUCAAGCAGUUUACACUGUUUAGAAAAAACUACUUCCACUUUAAUAAAAAAAAAAAAAAAUCACAAUUAAUGUAACCAUUUUAAAGUGAAAAGAAAAACAAUGGAUUUAAUGGUUAUAAUGGGACUUGUAUUGGUUUUAAUGGAAAGUAUAUUGGUGUCUACUGAUAUGUGAUGGAUCCUGUUGGAAAAGUGCCCAAAACACACUGCAAAAAUACAUUUUUAGUUGAAAAAGUGAAUGGUUCAUAAUGAUAUUUUAAUGUGAAAAAAUGUGAACCAUCACUGGCGGUGGUAUUGCAAGAUGGCGGCGCCCUUGCUCCAGAAGCUGUGCAAAAUGGUUACAUUAAUCGUGUUUGUUUUAUAUUUUUCGACUAAAGUGGACGUCGCUUUAUUAAAUGAUGUAAACCUGAGCUUCCAUUUUAAAGGCGCAGUUCAGCAAAAAUGAAAAAUCGCUGAGAAUGUUAUCACUCUCGGUCUAUCUAAGAUGUAGGAGAGUCUGUUUCUUCAUCAGAUUUGGAGAAGUGCAGCAUCACAUCCCUUGUUCAGCAACGGAUGCUCUGAAGUGAAUGGGUGCCGUCAGAAAGACAUCACAACAAUCCACUCCAGUCCAUCAGUCAAAAGCUGCUCGUUAAUAAGAAACAAGUCCAUCAUUAAGACGCUUUGAAAAGUCAGUCUCUUGUUGUCGUCUCGUAUCACACUCAUACUCGUCUCGGCUUUAUCUGUGCAGAUUUCUAUCCUGAUUCAGAUUGUAUUUUCACUGAGAACGUAAUGUUACGGUCGCGUUGCGUCAUAUUUUAGUGAGUUAAGAUAUCUUGAUGGAUUUGUUUCUUAUAAACACACACCUUUUCACUUCACGAGGUGUUAACUGAUGGACUGGGGCGCUGUGGAUUAUUGCGAUGUUUUGACGGCACCCAUCCGCCGCAGAGCAUCCGAAGUGAUGCAGUGCUGCACUUCUCCAAAUCCGAUGAAGAAACGAACUCUUCUGCAUCUCGGAUGGCCUGAAGGUGAGUAAAUGUUUAGUAAAUUAAAACUAUUCAUGUUAAACCGCAGCAGUUGACCCAAAAAUGAAAAUUCGGACACCAUUUGCUCACUCUCAUGUUGUUUCGGUUAUUAAUAGUAUGUUUUUGCUCAUUUUACAAACACGAACAUACACAGAAACAAUAUUUAAAGUAUAGCUUUUCAUUCUUUUAUUAUUAAUAUUUAUUUCUUUUGUAUUAUGACAGCACAACAAUUUUUAUUACUGUUUAUAUUUUAUUAGGACGCAAACUUGCAUCCCAGGUAAACUGCACUGUUGCUGUAUCACCACUGCCAAAGAUUUCAUAUAAUCACUGAUUUAUCAUAUAAAUCUUUUUUUUAAAUUACUUCGUGUCGUAUAUGAACACACAGUGACUACACAAGCACCAUAAAUACCGCUGGUUUGACUAGAGGCCUUGUGUUCAGAACGCUAGCGCACCGCACAGUGUAUAUUGUGGACUAUAAUAGAGUUAGCAUGCAAAACAAUGAGCGGUUCAAGCAACGCCGACGCCAUAUGACUUCACUGCGUUGCAUUUUUGAGUGGCUCGAAAUUUAAAGAUUAUUUUACGUUUCAAAUCUAAUUAUUCCAAAAAAGUCUGAUCGCUUAAGGCAGUUUGUCGGCGAAGUGCACCUGCAAUGCAUUAUGGGAUGCAGCAUUUUAUCCAAUUUUUGACUGUGUCCUGCGUAUUACAAAACGAUUCAAACAUUUGGGAGUUGGUAAGAUGUUUUGUCUCUUCUGCUCACCGAGGCGGCAUUUAUUCGAUCAAAAACACAGUAAAGCCAGUAAUAUUCUGAAACGAUAUUCCGAUUUCAAAUAAACGUUUUCUAUUGCAAUAUACGUUAAAAUGUCAUUUGUUCCUGUGAUGCAUUUUCAGCCUCAUUGCUCCAGUCUUCAUUGUCACACGAUCCUUCAGAAAUCAUUCUAAUAUGCUGAUCUGCUGCUCAGGAAACAUUUCUGAUUAUCAUCAAGGCCGAGAACAGUUGCGCUGCUUGCUAUUUUAUGGAAACCGCGUUUUUUUUUUUUAUCGUUCGACACGUAUAAUCGUAUUUAUUCGAAAAUAGAAAGAUAUUACUAUCACUUUUGAUAACUGUAAUGCAUCCCUGCCGAAUAAACUCUUACUGACCCCGAACAUUUGAAGAGUAAUGCGCAUUAUGCACGCUAAAGCAAGUUUCUGUAUGCAUGCCUUGUUGCAUGAGUCCGGUUUAGAGGCGAGACCUUGUCUGGUUGGUCACGUGACCUGGCUGUUGCGUCUUUUCCCC